AUGGACCGUCGUCCUUCGGAUUUUCCACUGCUUCGCAGCAGUCCACAUCCGGAUUUCGAACCAUCGGCGCCAAGCCCCGAAUCGGUGGCAGCUUCGCCGAUGCUGAUCUCUUCCAGAACUUCUGAAUGUGGAGAUCCUCCUAUUGAAAGUGAUGAGGUAAGUGAGGGAUACGGUAUAUCGGAUAGCGGAGAAACGAGUCGCCGUUCGACCAUUAGCAGAAUGGAUAUGGUUGAACUGAGCCGCGAUCUCGAAGUAAAAAAUAAGUAUCCUGAAUUAUACCAAAUGAUAAUUGCCCAACGACGUUUCGGAUCGGCGGAGAACAGGGAAGCGGCUGUGGUCGUUCAUAAUACGAGCCGUGAAGCGUCCAAGGAAGAUGACUCGAAGCAACUUUUAUAUGUUGAAGCUGUUGAAUUACUGAAAAGAUGUCGUAGACAAGAGCGUCAGCUGAGAGAAAUGCAGAAGAGUUACGACAAUUUGUUAAGCGUCAAUAAACAGAUCAAAGAGACUUACGUGAAGAUUUACGCUAAGGCAGAACAGGAAGAGGAAUAUAUUUCUAAUAUAUUACUAAAAAGAAUUCAGAAACUGAAGAAUGACAAAGAAACGUUGGCGCAAAAGUACGAACAAGAAGAAGAAUUCUUGACAAACGAUCUAAUGAGGAAAAUUAAACAGUUGCAAUCCGAGCGUGAUAUUUUGGAGGGGAACGUGAAGAGUGAACAAGCUAGUGUCAUCGACAGCCUCCUUACCACUAUUCGUCGUAUGGAAAGUGAAAUGGCUGCUGGUCGAAAGAAUAUGGAUCGGAUGCGCAAAGAAAAAAUUGACCAGGAAAACGCACUUGAACACGAGCAAGAAUUGUUGUUUAAUACUCUUGGGAAACAAAUGGAUCAACUCAAUCAAGAGAAAAGAAAGAUGCAAGCAAGCCUUCAGAAGGCAUACUUGAAUGGUUUUAUUGAGCCUGAUGACGAGGUAGUUGGUUCCCUCGUUAAUCAAGGCGAAAGCAAUGACAACAUGCGCAUGGAUAGCGGUAGUCGUGGUGGAUCUGAAGUUGCAAGACUGCGAUCGCAUUUAAGACGAGUGGAACACCAGCUUGCUGAAAUGAGGGAAAGAGAAGCGAACAAGGCCGCUCAGAUCCGCCAGUUGGAAGAUGUGAUCAGCACAUUGCGCAAGGAGAAGAAUGAAAUGUCACGGAAUAUCGAAGUGGCUGUGUCGCGAUUCUCUACGAAAAUGGACUCAAUGACGUCACUGAUACGACCGGACCUCAUGGGACCUCCGUGUGUUCCUCAGCAUUCUUCGUCCCGUCACGCAGAUGGCAACGUAUCUGACAUGGAUGACAGCAGCUCACGUGGUUCACUGUCGCAGUCCGAUUUCAGCAUGACAUACCUAAACAUGUCCAGUAACAACGCACGAAAUCGGCGACGACUACAAAUGGUAUUCGAAGAGCAAGAAAAAGCAGCAAAGCUAGCAUCUACAGCAACUGGCUUCAUCAUGUCAAUCUGCUUCUUCGUACUGCCCGUUGUCUGGUCGAGCAUGUUCCAUCUGCUUCCACUAUCAGCUCCAGCAUGUGCUCCAGCUGGAUUCGAUCCAUGGAGCGAAUUCACCGACUUGUGA